AUGAACUACAAAAGCAAUAAGCUUCAAUUAAUAUCAAGAAACGAAGGAAAGAUUAAAUCAUAUGAUUCUUCUACCGACGUGCGGGCAUGGAGUCAUGAUCUACAAAAUCGAGACUAUUACCUCAGGGAUUGGAUGAGAAGUGAUAUGCCUAUUUGUGUUAUUCCUGUCUAUACUGUCACUGGAUUCUUAAGAAACAUGACGCGAAAGAAUCACACUAAACUAACCCCAAGUUGCCAGCCCGAAUGCAAAUCGAAGUUAAUCUUGGAAAGUGUUUGUGCCUCAUGUCAUGCUAUAAGGGAGUGCCUAAAAAAUGACGAAGCAUUUGAAAAAUACUUUCAAGAAGAGGAAUUGGAAACAGGUCACUGGCCAUGUGAUAAAUGUCUAAGUGCAUUAAAGAGUAUAAAAAUGUUUUGGCGAAUUAUAUUAGAUAAAAUAUUUGGUAUAAAUAUGGACAUGGAAAAGGAAUAUAAUAGCAGUAUAUGUAGCAGUGUACGUAGUAUAGCCAAGAGCUACUUACACGAAAUAAAUGAACAAACUAUUUAUUUAAGAAAAAUUAUAUCAGCGAAAGGUAAAUACGAUGGUUAUGAAAAACAAUCAGAUACAAUACGUUUCAAAAUAUACAGCAACGAUUUCGUUAUUCUCACACCUAAAGAAAGUAAACAUAAAAUUGUAGUUGUUGAAAAGUGUGUAGAAACAGACGCGCCCAAAAUAUUAAAAGAUGAAAAAGUUAGUCAAGGCGUUACUGUUAGAUGUAAAACCGUUGACUACGGUUGUCAGACCGGCGAUUUAAACGAUAUAAACAUCCACAAAAAUAUUAAUAAUUUAAAAGAUAAUUCUCAGAACACAGAAUUAAAUAAAGUAACAAAAUUGGACUGUGGAUGUGAGACGUGCGAGUUUAAAGAUAACGAGAUACAAGCAUAUAAAAAUAAUAUAGAUAUUCUCCAAAAUCAACUUAACUCGCAUAGUAUUGAACUAGCCAAAGUUAAUAAGGAAAAUAUAUCCUUAAAACUAGAGCUACAACAAAUUUAUCGAAACAACACUUGGAGCUCUUAUCAUAAUCAACCUAAUUUCGCGCCAUUUCAAGAAUCACUCAACAAUGUUCCACCUCCUUUUGAGAGUAUAGACGAGGAGCAUAAUGACAUUAUUCCUAAGACUAUAGAUUCUGAGAUGAUCAUCACUUUAAAGAAUUGCAAAAACGAGGGUUACAAAAAUAUAUCAUUACUACAAGUAGUACACAAAUCAAAUUCAGCAAAGGAAACGAAAGAGUGUUGCUGUCAUGAAGAUGAUCCAAUCAAGAUUUUAACAAAAGUACAAAACACUUUUGGUAAUAUAGUAGAAAGAGAAAUGGCUAUUAUCAACGAGAAAUGUAGUAAGAAGAACGCAACCAUCAUAAAUUCUUCUUACGUCAACGUCGAGUCAGCAAAAACUCAGUCAGCAGGUUCUACGCUAUCCCUUCAUUCAAUAUCUUCAGAAACAGUUUUUGUUACAACAACUGACUAA